CGAAUCCCCGAAAUCGUUUCCCACUCUGUUCUUGUGGCAUGCCUCUGUUCUUCUCUUCCAUCGUCUUCUUUGCAUCGCAGCUGAUUGUUGUCUGGGCGGGCUUUAUGAGAAUUCUAACCAGUAGAGGCGGCAGCGAAGCGAUUCUGUUUUUCCGGCGCCGGCCGUCUCCCUCCGGCCGCGGUUUCUUCGUCGGCGCGGCGGCGUCGCUGCUGCCGCAGCAGAGCCUUUGGCGCCGGAGCUCGUGCCGCCCGGGAGGGUGUUGCGUUCGAGGCAAUGGCGAUGCGGGGAAGGAGAGCGUGGUGGUGGUCAUGGGGGCCACGGGCACCGGAAAGUCGAAGCUAGCUGUUGAGCUGGCCACUAAGUUCGCCGGCGAGGUGGUCAACUCGGAUAAGAUUCAGGUGUACCGCGGUCUCGACGUGGCCACCAAUAAGAUGCCCAUGGAGGAGCGCCGCGGCGUGGCGCACCAUUUGUUGGGGGAGCUCGAUCCGGCGGCGGGCGAGCUGCCUCCCGCAGCGUUCCGGGAGAUGGCGGCGCGCGCCAUCGAUGGGAUUGCGGGGCGUGGGAGGCUGCCGGUGAUGGCCGGAGGCUCGAAUUCCUUAAUACACGCGGCUGUGGUCGGAAGCUUCGACCCGCGGCGGAGCCCGUUCGAGGAUGGCGAGGGGAGGAAGGCGGCGGCGGCGCUGCGGUACCGCUGCUGCUUCCUGUGGGUGGACGUCGACGCGGCGGAGCUGGGGGAGCAGCUCGACCGGCGGGUGGAGGAGAUGGCGGCGGCGGGGAUGGUAGAGGAGCUGAGAAGGUACUUCGAGGAGGAGGCCGCGUCGACGGCGGGCGAUCGGAGGCACCCGGGGCUAGGGAAGGCCAUCGGGGUGGCGGAGUUCCGGGAGUACUUCCAGGGGGAGGGACGGGGGACGCCGGCGGCAUUCGAGGCCGCGAUGGCAGCCGUCAAGGCGAACACACGGCGCCUAGCAGAGGGUCAGGUGAAGAAGAUCCAGCGGCUGGGGGAGAUGGGGUGGCCGCUGCGGAGGCUGGACGCCACCGCGGCAGUGGUGGGGUCCGCGACGGAGGCGUGGGAGAGGGACGUGGCGGUCCCCGCCGCCGCAGCCGUGGAUCAGUUCCUCAAGGAAGCCGGCGAAGUCAACAGCCAGCGUCACGAUCACGGCCACCGGCGCACCGUACAACCUCCUCUGCUCUUCACUUAGUUCAAAUUUUUGUCUUCUUCUCCGCCGACGAAACUGCCAUGGAUUUUGGCGCUAUUUUAGCAAUUACAAGUCACAGCACAGCUAUAGCAUAGAAAUAGCUGUAUAGGAAUUACUAUUGUAACGGCUAUGAUCCCUGCAUUAUAAUAAUUUAUAAAUACUAUAAUAUAACAAUAAAAAAAAAAAAAAGACAAUC